UUGGGAUCGCGAUGCCAGCUGAGCGCGGCUUAGUUGGCAUCGAAUAUAGGCGCCGGGAGGCCAGGUCGCACGCUCGAAUCGCGAAAUCCCAGCUUCCACUAGCUCCGCGAUUUUCGGCGCCACGGAUCCCGAUUUCCGCUUCGCCCGCAGAUUUUCGACUCGUCAAAACACACGCCUUCGGAUUCCAGUUCUUGGCUCCCGCGUGCCGCGGUUUUCGUUUUUUCCUGGGCUCAUCGUUCCCAGAUCGAUUUCCUAACCUUUCAACACGCACGUGUGAGGGCUUUCCCUUUCUUUGCCUGCCGACCAGUAAGAAAGUGUCUAAUUUCAACUCGCUAUUCUUCACGCGCGUUCGAUUUAAUUUCACUUUCAAAUUUGUUCGAUACUUCACUAAAAUUCGUCGCAUUGUGCCAGGAAUCCUCAGUGCGUAUUCGCCCCGGUCACUUUCCGUUCAGAGAGUGAAGGUAUCUAGACCAAAAAAAUUAGGAAAUUUUGUUCAUACCUUUAAUCUUUUUAGCAAUCGUUUUGGAAUUGUAAAUUAUUUCGAUUUUUGUGAUUUUCUCCAUAUUCAUUUUUUUCACGUGUGAAAAAUGUUAAACCGGUGACAUCGAUUCCUCAAAGUUGAAAUUCGUCGUUAGCAACUGAACUCAUUCCUCAUUUUCCGGAUACCCAAUCAGCCAACUACUUCCACCACUCAUCAUCGUGAAGCAUUCAUCCAAGAACAACCAAGUAUAACAGAUUGAUCCGGUUCCGAUUGUCUGGAAAAAAAAUUCAAGGGGCGAACAUGCAACGUUUGCGAAUUCAUGUCAACUCAUUUCUAUACGCAUUUCACGUGGUAUAAAGAAGCUUUCUGCAUGAGCUUGGUUUCACCUCUUUCCUAUUGUUACCUGCUCUAGCUGAAGAGUCAACGUACUUUAUUUGUUCAGUUGCUGCGCACACCUGGAUGAUUCGUGAGCUCUAAUUUGUGAUGUUAUUGCUCUCAGGAUCACAAAGCUUGGCGCGGAAUUGAUUUCACAAUCCGAUAAUCUUCAAAUAAUUAUACAGGUCAAUACCUAUCUACUCAUAAACCCGCGCUUUUUUGUUUCAAUGGUACGGUUCGAUUUCGAGAUCCACAUUGCAGCCCACCAUUAGUCUUCUCAACUGGCAUUGAAAAACUACAAGGUCAAAAGGUAACGUUGAGAAAAAAUCACCAAUUCGACAAAGGAAAAAAAUCAGCAAUCACCUUCGGUAACACUUACGGUGGUAGAACGGAAAGCGCGAUAAGAUUUAGAACCAGUUUAUGGAGACAGAGGUUGUAUUAUGCAUCGCCAGGUUACGUUGGAUUCAAAACUCGAGAUCCUCCUCGCAAGAACGAACAGCUCUCGACAGUCUCCCGUCGUUCACAAUGGCGUGAGAUGUUCAGAUGUCAACGAUAUUUCAUAGGCAGAAAAUGGAAUAAAACUCUCACGAUAGUGGAAGAAUGACUUGUGAACAGAGAUAACAUCGACGAUAGUUAAAUGAUAAAUGCCAUGUCGAGUCCCUCCGCAAAUAGACCUUUCUCCUCAUAAGAGCGGAAUGUGCGACUGCAUUUGAAAACAUGGAAACCAGGACUUCAUUUCCGCUCUGUUCCUUCGACGCAAAGCGCAUUGCGGCUUCGGUGUGUUUAACUGAUCGACUGAGCGUUAUUUCAAAAAUAUUAGUGAAACAAUCCCUGUUCGUCAACUUUUAACCCUGAGGCUGUUCUAAGGUGAAAUCUGCAUACUCAAAACACGCCGUUGAAUGCCUCCAUCCCGAAUCCUGUCCUUCAAAAUGCAAACUAUUCUUGGAGGGAAUUAAUCCCAAAGUCAUCGCAAAUCACGGGCUCGCUUUGCAGUUACAAAACAUAAGAGAUCAAAAUGGUAGUGCAGAUGGGAACGAAAUCCGUUUUAUGUAUCAAUGUCAAAAAUUGUAAAUUGUUCAAUUUAGAUGUUUCCCUUUUCAAUUUAAACCCAAUUAAGUAGUCUCAAGGCUCUUUCGCUCCGCCACCAGUGAUAUCCAUUGCUGAGAAUUAUCUGUGAUAUUAUUUAUUUUACUCUACAAUCGUGGCUCAAAUAUCGUGUCUUAAGUCAUUUUUUUGUAUACCUAGAGUAUUUAGUCUCUGACGAGAAUUAUUUUUGUUUUUGCAAUUUACUCUUGUUUUAGUCUUUGUUACUGAGAGCCACUUUUUUCCCUCGCAAAAAAUUACAUUAUUUUCUUUUAACUUUGUUACUGCUGAUUCAUCCAUAAAAUAGGAUUUUCAAACGCACCACCGCAUUCAUAAUUAAGCGCUAAUAUUCUAAUCCGUAGCGUACCGUUAAUACCUACAUUUUUCUCCAGAAAAUUCGAAAAUUCGAAGAUUUCAAAGGUAACCAUGAGCGUCAGUGGAAUCAGCGAAGAGAAAGAUGCAAUUCUCACCGAUCUAAUGGAAGACUCAUUGAUCGACUCUUUGAAUUCCUUAUCAGGAGAGGGAUCUCUCGAAGAGAUCCCAGAGGAUACGACAAGGACAUCCGAGGGCUAUGCUCCAGGGGACUCUUCAGCUGGAUCUGACAGGACGGGUUCUGGAGCUGGGACAACAGCAACAACCAAAUCUGUCAACGUCACACCGCUACGUCACGUCGUUACGGCAGACUCGCCUUUCGUCACGUCAAGCAAACACGUCAACGCCGCGCCACUACGUCAUUCCGCCACGAUAGACACACCCUUCGUCAAACCCGAUAACCCACCGCUACGUCACGUCAUGACGUCGGACUCUCCCUUCGGGUCCGCCUCACCUUUCAUCACUUCAGACUCGCUCGUCGGUUUGGUAUCGGACUCGCUCCUGGGCAUUCCAUCGGACUUACUCUCCAUACCUGAAAUCGCAGAUACCGAGCCGUCGACGAACGAUGACGUCAUACCACCCCGUCGACGAUCCGUCAUCGCGCCUGACUCGCCACCGAAAACUACCGCACCACCUUCAGAAGUUUCAUCCGAGGCUGUGGCGUCUAACUGCACCGCACCCAUGACAGCUAAAGUACCCGCCGUCGCUGCAGAACCACCGGUUGUCAAAAAAACCGUCUCGAACCAGACGUCGCUUCCUCCUCUACCAUCGGUGGCGUUUGAUCCAGAAUUCCCUGAUGCGGGGAAGAAACACGAGGGGAUCCUGAAGCGGACGUACAGCGAAGGGGGCGGAGGACGUCCUGAAAACGGUCGCAGAUUCUCCACGCCGAAGUUCGAAAAGGCUGCCACUUUCUCGCAGACGAACAUCCUGGAAACGUACGAUGACGACGUUACGGAAAGCUCCAUCGAAAGGACGAAGCCCAAGGUUCCAGACGGUGGUUGGGGGUGGGUGGUGGUGCUUUCGGCGACGAUAAUCUCCAUGAUCGGCGACGGGACUGCUUUCUCUUUCGGACUCCUCUACAUCAAGUUCCUGGAAAACUACGGCGAGAGUAAGUCGAAAACCUCCUGGAUCGGAAGCCUCUUCAUGGCAGUGCCGUUGCUCCUGGGUCCGGUCGGAAGCGCGUUGGUGGACCGGUUCGGGUGUCGCACGAUGACCAUGCUCGGUGGAGUCAUCUCGGGAACCGGUUUCAUCCUCAGUUCGAUAAGCAUGUCCAUCGAGCAGCAAUACCUGACGUUCGGUUUCAUCGCUGGCUUGGGGUUGUGUCUGUGCUACGUGACGGCGGUGGUGAGUGUCGCGUACUGGUUCGAUAAGAAGCGCACCCUGGCGACGAGUCUGGGUAGUUGCGGCACCGGUGUUGGGACGUUCGUGUACGCGCCUAUGACGUCAUGGCUCAUCGCGGAGUACGGGUGGCGGGGGACGAUCCUCCUGCUCUCCGGGCCGUUUUUCAAUUUGUGCGUGUGCGGGGCGGUGAUGCGGGACCCGGAGUGGCUCAUCAAGGAGCAGCGGGAGUUGAGGCGGACGGCGGGGAGUGACGCGUCGUCGCCGUCGUUGUCCGUGUCGCAGAUGUCCAACGGCGACUUCCCCGGCGUCGAGGAGGUGCGCAGAGCCCUGAAGAGCGGGCAGCGACCCGUCUACCGGCUCACCGGCGUCAACGCUGUCCUCGCCAAGACCGAGGAGGGCAAGGAUGGAGGGGCGCCCUUCAACUCCGUCAUCAAUAUUCCUACCUUCAUCAAGCAGAACGAAAAGGUCCCGUUGGAGGUGCUGGAGACUCUGAGCGAGAACAAACGCGUGUUCAAGGUGAUCCUGGAGAACUACCCGAGUCUCCUGCAAUGCCGGAGCCUGUCCGACCACGAGCAACUGCACCAGGCGCACACGACUGCCACGAGGGUGGCCGUCCCUGUGACCAUGUCCAUGCGCCUGAAGCCCAGCCGCCGGCUCACGGCCACGCACACGCCGAGCAGCAGGGACGCCGCGCACGCGCACGGGAGCAGCAGGGACGGCACCGGAGCCGGGGAGCCCUUGCUCGAAGCGGAGCAGCCCAGGGGCACCGUCCCCGUUCCCAAGGUCCUCGCCCCGCCCCGCACCGACUCCCUGCCCUUGCUCCGGCGGCAGUUCAGUAUCAAGGAGCACCACCCGCAGUUGAGUCAUUUCCGAGGACACAGAAAUUCUGUGAUGUACCGAGGGGCGACUUUAGAUUUCCACAAGUACAAACUUCGAGCAGCUUCUUGUCCAAAUAUCUACAGAAACCCAGUGACGUCAUAUAUAGCUCAAAGAAAUCAGUCCAGAUGGUUGGAGGAAAUGAAGGAGCUUUUUCGCGGCAUGACGGACUUCUCGAUGUUUCUGGAGCUCCACUUCCUUCUGAUCUCUCUGUCGACGAUUCUGCUUUUCACUUGGUUCAUCGUGCCCUACUUUUAUCUCACGGAUUUUAUAAUCAAUCAGAAAGUGAUGACUGAAGCCGAAGCUACUAGCAUCAUCAGCGUCAUCGGUAUCACAAACACUGUCGGAAUGGUGCUCCUCGGUUGGGCAGGUGAUUAUCCUUGGAUGAAUGUCACGAAAACCUACGCGGCAUGUUUGGUCGGUUGUGGUGUGACAUUGAUUCUGAUGCCAUUUUUCACGACUAAUUAUUGGGCCAUGGUGUUCACCUGCGCUGGUUUUGGAGUAUUCUUCGCGUCGAAUUUCUCUUUUACGCCUACCAUUCUCGUUGAGUUAAUUCCUCUAGAAAGGUUCACGACUGCUUAUGGCCUCACGCUUCUAUGUCAAGGAAUUGGCAACCUUCUAGGACCACCGCUCGCAGGGUGGUUUUUUGAUGUCACCAACAUUUGGGAUUACUCAUUUUACCUGGCUGGAUUUUGGAUCAUAAUAUCAGGAUUCUUGGUGGCGGCAAUUCCGGUCACAGAAAAUCGAAGGAUUUGGGGAGAUGGAGAGACUGAAUAUCAGAAAUCCGAGGUCUAGCCGUCACGCCGCGCCGUUACCGCUGCCCGGUUAUCUCGCCAAGUCGCUUCCACGGCUCAAAGUGCCUUCAAUUACUAUCGACGCAACAAGACAUGCACAUCAUUGGCCCUAACGUGUCUUUGUUGAAAAGAAGCUGAAGAGGCUGAAAAGGCCUAUUUGAAGAGACUGGAAAUAUCUUCUUAAUGCAGUGUCAAGAAAUCUUUUAUUUAGACCCUGUCUCUUCAUAACGCUUUCGUAGUUUUAACGAGCUGAAACAGUUUAGAAAACUUCCAAAAGAAGGCCUUAAAAGAUAAAAGAAUAAGCACGAGUAUUACGCUUCCAUAAUGUUGUAUUGUUUACUCAGAUCAGACUCAAGACUUGUACCCGAAACCAAUGUAAAAUAUUAUCAUUAUUUUUUAAUGGUGUCCUCUUUUCACGAGAGGCAUAAUUGAGUAUUUUUUUACGCGCUUUACUUUGACUUUAGUAUAAGUUUGCGUGCCUUACCGAAGUACAAUAAAUCAAUUUAUGCCAAUCUUUUCUACUCCAAAAAGCUAGCUUUUAUGAUAUACCUCUAUGAUAAUAGAUUCACAGGCUUAAACACGACCGAACUUUUUUUUUUUUUUUUUUUUUUUGGACAGCGGUGAUUAUAAUUAAUUUUCCUAUGCCUUGUGUGUAUAAUUUUCGACCAUAUUUCGUUCCAUUUCAUUUACUUUUUGUGCACAGAAAGAAAACCUUUUCAUACAAAAAUAUGCUCUACGACAAUACUGCCAUUACAGUGCCUUUACAGCGCUCAAUUAGAACCAUUUUUUCUAGAGAGAACAUAGUUUUGUCUCACUUAAAAUAAGAUAAAUGGCCAGUGGAUGAUACAUUCAAUUAAAAAAAAGUGUACUUUAAAACAAGGAAAGAUUUUAAAAAAAUUAAUUCCCAAAUGCGAUUUUGCGCUCUUGAUUCAGGCAAAACUUAUUCUUAUUCCAACCAGUAUUUUAUCCAAUAAUAUUUGCAAGUGAAAAAAUGUAUUUUUCUGAGACUUCCUUACCCUCCAAUUUUUUUGUAAUGUUAGUUUGUAUACAAAUGCGAUAGUGUAAAUUAGCCUUCCGAUUUUGUAAAAAAAUAUCGUCUCGUCGUAGAAACGCCGUAAACACAUUCGUGCCUUUUAGGUAUACCCCAUGCCUAUUUACUUAAGUCUGUGAUUGAUUGUUUCAUUAUAUUAUACGUAUCUGAUGAAUUUCUAACACAGUAAUUAGUCUAAUUUUAGGAUGUACUUCCUCAUGUAGUUUCCCGGUUUGCCCUUCCAAUACGUUAUACAGUAAGUUGGAUUGUCAUAGUAGCAGAGUCCUAAAAUCCUCAACAACUCCAAUUUGAAAUACCUCGAGUAUACUAUAUAGUAUACUCGAGGUAUAAGCAUACUUAUCCACUUUUUCAUACACACUUUUACGCACCUGAAGCUUUCUCAGGAGUAAAUCAGUGGCACAUUACAGCCCUUAUAGAUUGAAUUAAAUUAUUUUUUUUUGAUUUAUCGUCAAAAGCGAUGAAUUUUUUUUUCUCAACUAGGGAUUAUGCUAGCAAAAACAUCAUUAUUCUGGAAGCAGCUUAAAUCAAAUGUAUUUCAAACUUUUGAACGUAUUUUAAACAGUUUUUUUUUUUUUUUUUUUUUUUUUUUUUUUUUUUUUUUUUAAUUUUAUCCUAGAGGAGCGGUGAGUAUUAAAGCCGUAGUAGCAGAGUCCCAUAUCAGAAGACUCAAAAUGUAUCAAUAAAAAUAUAUUUUGUACAUAAAGGAUGUGUACUAAGGUCACCUUGGUAACACCUCAGUAAGUGUUAAAAUUUAUCAUUGUCAUUUAAUCUUUAUUGACAAAAAAAAAAUACACAAAAUUUACCUAACUUGCAUUCAUUGUUUCCCAAAUUUUGACAUUUUUUGACAAAAAAGCCAGCUGUGAAGCCGGAUUAAUUUUUUUGGCAGCCUAUUUCCUAGCAUUUCAACAUUGAACGUUUUUGUAAAAAAUCGUGAUCCAUGUACUAUGUAUAUCUUCUGUAUUUUUUUUUAGAGGCACACAAAUUGACUCUGCUACGACUAGGAAUACCAUUAUGCCAUACAAUGAAAAGUAUAUAACCAUGGUGAAACUACAAGACCACGUAUCUCGAUUUGCGACGUUGUAGACUUGCUGCCAUAAGUAAUUCAUGUUUUAGAUGGGGAACUACUCAACGUCAAUUCUUGAAAACUUUCCUUGCUUUUUUUGUGCGAAGAAAACUCUGUGAAAAUUACGAGAAAUGACAUUGAUUUAUUCUCCUAAAAAAACAAAAUAAAAGAGGAGCGAAGAUUUUUAAACACCGCAAAUUAACGAGAUACGUGGUCUGGUAGUUCCACCGUCGAUAAAUUGUAUCAUAACAUGUGAGUGUAGAAUAAUUGUAAAUAUGUGUAACAAAAAUUGUAAAUAGAAUGACGAAAUUAAAUAAUGAACAAAUUCAA